AAAAAAUACGAUCCCUUGGCGUGCUGGAGUACUUUCCUAGCAAUUUUCUUUAGUCUUUGCAAGCACUUGAUCCACACGUUAACGCGAUUGGAAAACUUAAACUAGACUAAACAGCAUAUAAAUAUGCAUUUGUCCGGCUAAUUGAAAUUUCAUCCUACUUGAAAUCUCCGAGGUUAGUCAUUUUCGGUGUCAUCCAUAAGGAAGAUCAAAAUCAUUCAAUAUGCUCAGAACAGGUUCCUGGGUUUCCUGCAACUUGCGGGGUAUUCUUCAACUACUUCGUCAUGACAUGAUAUCUUGCUCCAGCUAUAUGUAUCGGGGAUACCGUCCGGUUUUUGCUGUAGAUAAGUUUGAAAAAGGUUAUUGGAUGAACCGAGGGUUUCGGUUAAUCAGCACCAGUACUGGCGGAAACUGGUCAAAACUCGAUGGCAACGCGGUCAAUCAUGACAAUGACAAGGUUGAAAUACCCGCACCAGCACCAACACCAGCGGCAGCACCUUCCCCUCCAAAGUUGUUCUUCUUUCGCUGGGCAAAAUGGAUCUUGGGAUCUAUAUUAGCUUUGUCACUACCAAUGUGGAAUCGGGAUUGGGGGAAACUACGAAGGAUCGAAGGAGACGCGGAAAUGGUGGUGGAAGAGGUUGAAAUCGUGGCUCAAGUUGUAGAAAAGGUAGCUAGUGUGGCAGAGAAGGUAUCAGCAGAGUUUGCAGAAAAGCUUCCUGAGAAUGGUAAACUCAAGGAAGCAGCUUUGUUAGUAGAACGUGUUUCAAAAGAGGCUGCCCAUGAUGCUCAACUAACAACAGAUUUCAUUCACAAGGCGGAUGUGUUGAAGGAAGACUUGGAGGCAUUGGUUGAACCCGUGAUCGAUAAGAUAUCCAAGCAAGAAUCCGAAGCAGCUGGCAAGUAAUCAUGCGCAGUGGAUGGAAUAAAAAAAGAAAUGCAGAGUGGAAAACAGCGAAGUUUGCAUGUAUAUUAUAUAUAUAUAUAUAUAUAUACACCAUAAUUAUAAUGAUUCAUUCUUUUGGAGAAACAUGAAUAAGAUUCCGAAUAAAACCUU